AUGUAUACUUCGAACGUUAUCACUUUCCUGAGUCAGCCCAAGGGCUACAGCUUAUGUAGUAGCCAAGCGGCUUCUUAUAUAAUAUCAGAGGUUGUCGGUUAUGGGCGGAGAGUUGACCCUCGGAGCGGAGAGAAAAUCCAGCGAAAAACUCCCGAGGUCAAGAAAGCGGAGAAAACACCUGAUUGUCACCACAUAAACACCUUCCCUGGUUCUCGUCAUAUUCCAGUUCUAAUGUUACUUCGCCAAUUCAAUCGCGUCUCCUCGCCGAGCUGGAUCUCGCGCGUUCCUUCAAUGCCUCUACGCGCCAAGGUGACCAACCCUGCCUUUCGGGCAACAGCUAUGAUGUCGACUUCACCCGAGAUCCCCAAAGAACUCCCCGGCGAUGAGCGCGACGAUGUUCUGUUCAACUCGAUCUACGGCCUCCGCAGCGUUGAGCUUAACCGACCCAAGAAGCUCAACUCCCUCAAUGGCUCGAUGGCUCGCAAGAUUCUCCCUCGAUUGAAGGAGUGGGAGAAAUCUCAUCUUGCGAACAUGAUCCUCAUCUCCGGAGCUGGCACCAAGGCUCUCUGUGCAGGCGGCGACGUUGCCGCCCUGGCACUGCAAAAUGAGAGUGGAGUGGAAGGACAAAAUGCAUCAACAGACUUCUUCGGACUCGAAUACCGCCUCGACCACCUGAUCGCUACAUACUCGAAGCCUGUUAUCUCAUUUAUGGACGGAAUCACCAUGGGCGGUGGUGUGGGCCUCAGCAUGCACGCCCCCUUCCGAAUUGCGACUGAGCGUACCUUGUUUGCUAUGCCCGAGACCACGAUUGGCUUCUUCCCCGAUGUUGGCGGCUCGUUCUUCCUCCCACGUCUCGAUGGUGAGACCGGCACAUACCUGGCUUUGACUUCGGAGCGCCUGAAGGGUGUCCAGGCUCUGUAUGCCGGCGUUGCUACACACUACCUGCACUCCAGCGUAUUGAGCAGUGUCGCGCAGCGUCUUUCCGAGCUGACUUUCCCCGACCACGUCGAGCUUCCCGAGCGAUUGGAAAUCGAGGAGCCUAUGCUCAUGGCUGGUAGCCUGCGCACUGCCAUUGACCGCUGCUUCAAAUUCAACACUGUCGAGGAGAUCAUCCAGGCUUUGGAGGAGGAAACUGAGCACAAGGAGUGGGCACAAAAGACAUUAGAGACUCUGUCAGGCCGCUCUCCGACUUCUCUGAAGGUGACUCUGCGCCAGAUGCGUCUUGGCAAGAAGUGGUCUAUCUCAGAGACCUUCCAGCGCGAGCACAAGGUCGCUGCCAACUUCAUGCGCCACCCUGAUUUCGUCGAGGGUGUCAAGGCCCGUCUGGUAUCCAAGCCUCCCCGUCAGCCCGAGUGGCAGCCCGCUACUCUCAAAGAGGUCUCUGAUGAGACCGUGGAUAGCUUCUUCGAGAUUGCCGACCAUGAGUCCCGCUUACCACUUCUGAGCAAGGGAGAUUACGCAAACUACCCUUAUGCCCACUUCGCUCUUCCCUCCGAGGCAGAGAUUGAGAAGAUUGUGCGCCAAGGCCACCCAUCGCGGAGACCUGUGGUCGAAUACUUCCUCCAGAAAUACGCCCACCGCGAGGGUGUGCGCCGAAAGGUCGUUGAGGUGAUUGCCCGCCGGACGACGACAUCAUCUCCCGAAGGACUCAAGUGGGUGGAUUAG